AUGGCUCCACAACAAUCCAAGACAGCCAAGAGAAACAAGACCCAGAACAAGACUCGUCAAGUGGAGUCCGAGGUGACCUCUGACUCUGUCGCCAGAAACUUGAUGGCCAAUCCAUCUAAGCUUACAGCCAAGUCUAAAGUGAGAAAGCCUAGUAAAGCCGCAGUCAAGAAACAACAAGCUAAAAUAAGAUUAUAUGGUGCCAAGAGUGGUAAGGAGUAUAGAGAAGACCAGUUGGAAAUCCCAGCUUUGAACAUGGCAGUUACCCCAGGUGUAAAAGCCAAGAGAGGAAAGAAGGGUAAGGUUUUCGUUGGAGACCACGAUUCAUUAACCAUGAACAGAUUGGUCAAGUCUAUAAAUGAUAAGUAUGACCAAGUCAAUGAAAGUAAGUUAGAAAAGUCCAGAAGAUUGGAAGAGCUCAGAGAGUUGAAGAAACAAGAAAUGGAAAGAAAGGAACAACAAAAGAUUGACAAGCUUGAAGGUAAGAAGGAUCAAUUAAAGAACAAGGCAUCCGUAGCCAGAUUGGCCAGAAGAAAGAGUGCCAAGGCAGCCAAGAAGGCUGAAGACGCUGGUGAAGUUGACUCUAGAUCCAGAAAGAGCGUUUCGUUUGCUUAG